UGUGUGUUGAACGCUGCGAAGUUUCUGUGUGUGAGAAAUGGGGUUGGUCGAAGUGCCAUGGGGAUGGAUGACUUGCUCUCUCGGCAAGUGUGGCAGGAGUUUCUUGGUCAGAGAGUGCAGCAGGGAGGGUGCUGGCCUGGCACGCAACCACCCCAGGUUCCUGACUUCACAUAGGGCGCCCCUGAGCAACUGGAGGUGAUGCCAAAAUCAAAAGGCAGAGUCCCCCAACCUCUGUUCUCUUGGGUCUCCAUCAAAGAACUUGCUGCCUGCCCACCAUUACAAGUAGCCCUCGGAAUUGUAACAAAUCUCUUUCAGUGUUUUCCUGGAUGUUGGCUGACUCAGGAUGUGAAUCAAUGUGAACAGAAGAGUGGAGUGCCGAGUAAUGGAGAUGCAUCUGAUUGGCCCUUUUCAUCUCACCCAUCCUCACCGUCAUCCAAUCAGAGUGAAUCUGGAAGCUUCUCCAAGCAGCUUCUUCAUAUGCCCAGAUCCGCUGUGCCCUGCCUUCUAACCUGCUCAGAAAGAUGGAGUCGGUAUCCUUUGAGGACGUGGCCGUGAACUUCACCCGGACUGAGUGGGCUUUGCUGGACCCUGCCCAGAGAUGCCUGUACAGAGAUGUGAUGCUGGAGGCCUGCAGGCACCUGGCCUUUGUGGGUGAGGCUGAGGCGCGACCCCUCCCCGCAGCUCAGGGCACGGAGCCUGCUGCCCGCUUUCCCGAUGGAGCCAUGGAACGGGACUGCUGGGCAGGAGUGGCCUGUCUCUGAGCACCCUGGCCCAGGCGCGGGGCUUUCCCUUAACUGGGUUAUGGGAUCACGCCUUAACUGCCUUUUCUCGGGGCGAUACGGGGCCACACCAGGAUGGGGCGGGGUGUCAGGGCCACUGCCAACGCCUCUGACUCUUGCUGUGACCCUAGAGGUGCUGGUUGGACCUUCCAGUGUUCGGGGACCCAGGACUGCACCCGGCAGUGCUGGGUGAGGGAGGUGGUGCCCGAGGAUUAUAUUUUGAGCCGGGAGCAUGCCAGGCAUCGUGCUACCUUGGAGCUUCUUCCUGGGGCCAGGGGGCCCACACCUGGAGGUUCUUGGGGCUGACCCCUGACUCUGUGCUCAGGGACACUCUUGUCCGUGCUCAGGGGACACUGUGGGGUACGGUGAUCUGACCCACCUCAUUCAAGACAGCAGCUUCCAUUUCUGUCGAAGCCAACCAACGGCAUAGGGCAUGUUCCAGUUCUUUUUCGUUCCCAGAAAGAAUCUUUUUUCUUUCCGGUCACUCCCAGCGAUGCUCAGGGCUAACUCCUGGCGUUGUUUGGGGAACCCUAUGGGGUGCCGAGGCUUGAACCCAGGUUAGCCAUGUCCAAGGCAAGAGCUUUCCCACCUUCCUCUUACCCUGCCUCUCCCCACUCUCUCUGCGGGACUAAUGUGUCUUCCUGCUUGUUCCAGAGAUUUUCGCUCAUGGAAAAGCUAGUGGUGCUCUAGGGGGUGACGUUAAAUUGUUAAUUAUUGAGGACAGCCCUGAGAGGUUCAUAAGCAAUGAUUCCUGCAAUGAUCUUGGAAGGAAGUGGAUGUUCCUUGACCCUGGUGACCAGCAAGAAAUGCAGAAGCGGCGACAGAAGUGAGUUGAGUGGCCAGGGGAGGGCAGGAGGUUCUGGGGGUGACGGUCUCGGGAAUCUCCGCUGACUGCAAAUGUCAGUGUGAAAAACUAGUGCAGGGACUGAAUAGUGUCGCCUUCACACUGUCUCUCAUGGACCUCCUUCAUUUACCACACCCGUUGGUGAUCACGGCUGACUCCAGGCUCUGUGCUCAAGAAUCCCUCCUGGCCGGAUUGUGGGGUGCCGGGAUUGACCCUGAGUCAGCCUCAUGCAAAGGGGAGGGUCCUGUGACGCAGCUGGCAGCCUCCGCUGCUUCUUUUUUCCUUUAUUUUUUUCCUUUUUGGGGUCACACCCGGCGAUGCACAGGGAUCACUCCUGGCUCUGCACUCAGGAGUUACCCCUGGACCAUAUGGGACCAUAUGGACCACACCGGGGAGAGGCCGUACGACUGCCUCGAGUGCGGGAAGGCGUUCCGGGAGAGCUAUCCGCUAGCCAAGCACAUGCGCAUCCACACGGGCGAGCUGCCCUACACGUGCCCGCAGUGCGGGAAAGGUUUCCGCUGGCCCAACAGCCUCCAGGUCCACCUGCUGACACACACGACCCAGAGGCCCUUCCAGUGCCCCGAGUGUGGCAAGGCCUACCGCUGCCGCUCCUACUUCAAAGGCCACCUAAGGACCUACCAGGCGGCCCAGCCCCUCACCUGCGGGGAGUGUGGCAGAGUCUUCAACCACCCCAAGGUCUUCCGCCAGCACGUCAGGGGGCACCACGAGGAGCAGCCGUUCGUGUGCCACUGCGGGCAGGGGUUUGACCGGGCUGCAGCCCUGCACAGACACGUCCACCGGACCCACGCAGGGGAGAAGCGCUGAGCCCAUCUCCCAGCCCUGUGCCGGGAUUGUCACUCUGUCUCCCACCAGCCUGCAGGAAAGAAACCUCGGAGGUGCAAAGAGCAUGUGGGGUGCAACCCCGUGCCUCAAUUUCUCUUGCCCACCAAAAACUCAGGGGCCUCAGACCACCUAACCGAACAUUUGUACAACACCCGUGACCAUCCCUCGCUGUACCAUCGCUCAGGCCUCAUGACUUUUUGUCCCGUCCAGCGGGACCAGGGGUCCGAGGAGGAGCUACCUGAAAAAGUCAUAGGCGAGAGAGAAGAAGGAGACCAAGCAAGGGAGUGUUGUCAAGGUCUCGUUUAUUGAAGGCAGAAGCACAAAAUAUAUAGGCUGUAGGGCAGGCCGGAACAGGGGUCCGGAGGGGGUCACGAGGGGUAUUUGCGUAAGGGGACUUGACGGGCCAGAACAUGAUUUGUCUGUGGUUUUUUUGUCCCCAGCACAGGAUGUCUGUCUCUCUAACAGUUCAACUAUAUCUUGUGACGCAUAUAUUUUCAUAAUAUCCUGGUGGUUAAUCUUUGUUUAGGGAACGGCCAAGUUCUCUUUCCCAAGGUUUCGGCCCCCAACAACUUUUAAGCAUCUGAACUUUGUCUGCAGAUCAGUUCUGAAGAACCCACCUGUAUAAAAAUAAAAAGAAAGGGCGCGCAGGCGGCGAGGCAGGUGAAGGAAGGAAGAAGGCCAAACUGGUUGCUCGAUCGGUUUAUUUCAUGUCCAUCUCCAUUCUCCUCUGAUUCUCCUCCUGCUUCUUUCUCCCCCAUCCUACUUCAUUCUCUCUCUCUGCCUCUCUCCCGGCUCUCGGUCUCUCUCUCGAUCUGUGGAUCUGGCCCCCGUGGAUCUGGCCCCCAAACCACUCUUACAGCCUAGUUAAAUCUCCACAGCACGAGGGGGUUGGGGCAUACACAUAGGUGUGGUCAGCAAUAGGGUAAGGUUCUUUUCCCUCAGGGGAUGCUUCUCCUAGGACUUAAUUCUCUUUCAGCAGGAGGAUCCACCCAAGGGCAGAGUCCCAUGAAUGUGUUUCUCUUCUCCUCAGCCAGCAAACAUAUAAGAAUUCAUAAUAUUAAUUAUUUUGUAUGGACACAAUAAGAGAUGCAUUAAAGCUUAUAGAAUUGCUCUCCUGGGGCCAUCUCAAUCUCAGACUACAGUGCUCAGGCCAGAUCAGUCUUUCCUAUCCCUGGCAGGGUCCCAGUCUCAUAAUUACUAUUGGAUCAUGACAGCAUUUGUCUAUGAUCAAGCUCUUAACUUAUAGUUAAGUGCCUACACUUUGGCCAGGCCCAUCUCGAUGCCAGGGUAGCACAUAACUCACCGCUUGCCCUGGAUCCUUCCCGUCCCACGUCGGGGACCCUACUUUGGGAUGCUAGGAACUGAGGGCAACUGAGGCUUAAGUGGAGAAAACAGAUGCCCAGAAGGGAAUAAUAUUCGAGGCCAAUUAAGUCUUAAGUUAUAAAAGCAUAAUAUUGUCUUCUUGUGUCUAUACAAAAAAGACAUAGCUUUAAAGUAAAUUAUUCAAAAGGCAUAAAGAGGAGAGAAAGGCAAUGUUAUAAUAUUCAGUGUCCUAGGAAGUUCUGACCUUACCAAUUAACAGAGUUUGAUUAAGGGAAGAGCAGAUAAACUGGUAGAAAUGGUUACAGAUAAACAAAGGAAUGGGAGUGACUUGGGAGCACUUUGAUGGGUGUGACUGAUAAACCUAAGCUCCUAGUGGCAAGGGGGAAAGGACAAACCAAUGAUAUCCAACACCCUCCCACUCUCUGGAGUGAAUCUGCUGUGGUACUAACAUACUCAUUAUUCUUGCAGUGAGUCUGGAAGCUUCUCCAUGAAGCCUUUUCAUAUCCGCAAAUCCGCUGUGCCCUGACUUCUGACCUGCUCAGAAAGAUGGAGUCAGUAUCCUUUGAGGACGUGGCCUUGAACUUCACGCGGGCAGAGUGGGCUUUGCUGGAUCCUGCCCAGAGGCGCCUGUACAGAGACGUGAUGCUGGAGGCCUGCAGGCACCUGGCCUUCGUGGAGGGUUUCGCUCGUAGAAAAGCCAGUGGUGCUCUUGGACGGGUCUUGGAGAAUAAGUUGUUCAGUGAAGACAGCACCAUGGGAUUCAUGAGCAAUGAUUCCCGCAAUGGUUUUGGAGAAAAGCAGAUGUGCCCUGACGCUGGUGACCAGCAACAAAUGCAGAAGCGGCGACAAAAACGCCUCUUGCUGGACAGUCUUGGUGAUGGUCACAGGGCUCCCGAGGGAGCCAGAGGAGCCCCGAAGCGGACUCGAAGCCUCCCUGCACCCCAAAGUCCUGAGGCCGCCUCUUCUGCGGAAUGUUCAUCCCCCCUGAUUCCCCCAGCACCUCCCCAUGGCUAUACUCCAGGUGAACUGGCUCAGGGGGGCGUCUGCUGCCAGGCCGCCCAGGAGACCCCCUCUCUCAGCCCGGGUUCCCAUAGGCGACGCCCUCGGCGGGGUGCUGGCACUAGGAGACUGACGUCCCACGAAUGCAAAGUGUGUGGGGAGACCUUCAGUGUCGCCAGCCUGCUGAUGAGUCACAUCAGGGAACACCACGAGGAGACGCCGUACACGUGUGAGCUCUGCGGGAAGGGCUUCCGCUACCCCUCGUACCUGCAGGCUCACAUCGAGACCCACGCUGACCUCGAGAAGCCCAUUAAGUGCCCCGAGUGCCCCCAGAGGUUCAGGUACCCCUGUAAGCUGCGCGCCCACGCUAAGGUGCACUCGGGCGUCAAGCCGUUCGCCUGUGAGCAGUGCGGGAAAAGCUUCGGGUCUCGCUGGAAGCUGCGUCGGCACAGCUGGAUCCACACCGGGGAGCGGCCGUACGACUGCCCCGAGUGCGGGAAGACUUUCCAGGAUAGCGGUGCAAGGAACAAGCACAUGCGCAUCCACACGGGCGAGCGGCCCUACACGUGCCAGCAGUGCGGGAAGAGUUUCCGCUGCCUGGACACCCUCCAGGUCCACCGGGUGACGCACACGACCCAGAGUCCCUUCCAGUGCCCCGAGUGCGGCAAGGCCUAUCGCUGCCGCUCGUACUACUAUGGCCACCUGCAGACGCACCAGGAGACGCAGCCCCUCACCUGCGGGGAGUGUGGCCGAGCCUUCAACCACCCCAAGCACUUUCACCGGCAUGUCAGGAGGCAUCGCGAGGAGUGGCCAUUCGUGUGCCACUGCGGGCAGGGGUUUGAACAGGCUAAAUCUCUGCAAACACACGUCCGCCGGAUACACGCCGGGGAGAAGCGCUGA